GAUUCCAGCUGUUCCCUCUUCUACUCGUCGUCUCCACCUCUGCCUUCGUUCGCCAUGCUCUCUGUUCGCGCCCCGCUCGCCACCCUCGCUGACCAGCAGCAGCUGCAGUUGUCGCCCCUGAAGCGACUCACUCUGGCUGACAAGGAGAACACGCCCCUAACCCUCAGCAGCGCCCGCGUCCUGGCUAGCAAGGCUGCGAGGAGAAUCUUCCAGGACUCCGCCGAACUGGAAAGUAAAGCACCCACUAAGCCCAGCAUUGAGGAAGAGCCGUUACUGAGAGAAAAUCCCCGCCGUUUCGUUGUCUUUCCCAUCGAAUACCAUGAUAUCUGGCAGAUGUACAAGAAAGCUGAGGCCUCCUUUUGGACUGCCGAGGAGGUGGACCUUUCCAAGGAUAUUCAGCACUGGGAAGCUCUGAAACCAGAUGAGAGACAUUUUAUAUCUCAUGUUCUGGCCUUCUUUGCGGCGAGUGACGGCAUAGUCAAUGAGAACUUGGUGGAGCGAUUUAGCCAAGAAGUUCAAGUCACAGAGGCCCGCUGUUUCUAUGGCUUCCAAAUUGCCAUGGAGAACAUACACUCCGAAAUGUACAGUCUCCUUAUUGACACUUACAUUAAAGAUUCCAAAGAAAGAGAAUACCUCUUCAACGCCAUUGAGACAAUGCCUUGUGUGAAGAAGAAGGCUGACUGGGCCUUGCGUUGGAUUGGGGACAAAGAGGCUACAUAUGGAGAACGAGUUGUGGCCUUCGCCGCGGUAGAAGGAAUCUUCUUUUCUGGUUCUUUUGCAUCGAUAUUCUGGCUCAAGAAACGGGGACUGAUGCCGGGCCUUACAUUUUCCAAUGAGCUUAUUAGCAGAGAUGAGGGUCUGCACUGUGACUUUGCCUGCCUGAUGUUCAAGCACCUGAUACACAAGCCGUCGGAGCAGAGAGUAAAAGAAAUAAUUACCAACGAGGUCAGGAUAGAGCAGGAGUUCCUCACGGAGGCCCUGCCUGUGAAGCUCAUCGGGAUGAAUUGUACCUUGAUGAAGCAGUACAUCGAGUUUGUGGCCGACAGGCUUAUGCUGGAGCUGGGUUUUAACAAGAUUUUCAAAGUAGAAAAUCCAUUUGACUUCAUGGAGAAUAUUUCACUAGAAGGAAAAACAAACUUCUUUGAGAAGCGAGUAGGCGAGUACCAGAGGAUGGGAGUAAUGUCAAAUUCAACAGAGAAUUCUUUCACCUUGAUGCUGACUUCUAAGCAACCGAUCCGUGUGCUCUUUUGCUGAUUAUUCUCCCUUGUCAUUAAAAAAAAGAAAUCAGCAAAAAACCAAACAACUGGCUACACCACUAAUUGUCAUUAAAUUUGCUAACUGGUGUCUAAAAGCCGUGUAGCUACCUCGUCGUCCUUUGCUAG